UAACCUCUUCAUUUUCCUUUAAAUUUUGAUUUAAAUUUUUAUAAAAAGAAACAUACAAAAUUCACGAAAAUGGCUUCAUUAAAAGUGUUAAGUAUCGGGAGGAUUGCGAAAUAUUUUACUGAUACUAGUUUACGGACAUUGCGAGGGAAUAUUUAUAGAAGUGCAAGUCGAGGUUACAGCACAGAAGAGAAGGCAGCUACAGAGGAGAGACAGCUCCCAGCCACAGUGGAGGAGUGUCAUAAGCAAAUUGAUAAUUUAACUAAUGAACUCAGUACUCUAAAGCAACAGAUAAAGGAUUAUGAAGAUAAAUACAAGCGCGCGCUAGCAGACGGCGAGAAUGUCCGGCGACGGAUGAUGAAGCAAGUCGAAGACGCCAAGUCCUUCGCCAUUCAGAGCUUCUGCAAGGAUCUACUUGAGGUGGCGGACACCCUGUCGGCAGCAGCGGAGAGCGUGCCCGAGGAGGGCGAAGGCGCAGGCGCGGGGGGCUCCGCUGCCGCCCUGCGGUCCCUGCACCAGGGCGUGAGGCUCACCAGCGCGCAACUUGCCCAGGUGUUCAGUCGCCACGGUCUGGUGGCAGUGUCUCCGCUCAAGGAGAAGUUCGAUCCCAACCUACACGAGGCGCUAUUUCAACAGGAGGUGGAAGGCGCGGAGGCAGGCACUGUGGUAACGGUGAGCAAGGUGGGAUACAAGCUACACGAGCGCUGCGUGCGGCCCGCGCUCGUCGGAGUCGCCAAGGGAGCCUCCGCCUAGCCUCGUCGGGCUCCGCCCCCGCACUCCGACGAUGGCGCGGCGACAGGGUGCGUUCCAUUCCACCCACACAGCUGGGGUCUCCACUUGAUCUUCAAGCACUCCGGACGAAAGACAGGGCGUCACUGUACAUAGAUAUAUAUCACAAAUAACAACAUUAGGGUGUGUACACGAGCGCACAACCAGAAUUCACAAUGCAUUUACUAUUGUUUUGUAACUAUACCAUGCUGCAGGUGACAGUUCAAUUAACGUUUCGUUUCACUCUUACAAUAAUAAUAAUAAUAAUAAUAAAUUUUAUUAAGCCACAAUCAUGUACAGGUAUAAAUUCAUUUUUUUAUAAACAAUAUGUUGUGAUUGUAUGAGCCUGGGAACUGAACUAGGCACGAGGCCUGUAUCUCAGUAGACCAGUACUCACCAGUACAAGUUGCCGCGAUUUACAAAUUAUGACUUAGUACUUUUCCGUCCAGCCUGUUGGUUGUGGAACUCGCUCCUAUUCGGCGCGCUCAAUCUCUUGCUGGCUUUAAAGCAUCACUAAAAACUCAUUUCCUUU